CAACAUUGCUCAUUUACUUUAGCAGCCAUCUUGUUAAAGUUUUAUUUUUAUAGACUUAUAGCGCGAGAUUCAGGCGGAAGUCACUCUAUUUUACAAAUGGCUGCUGUUUAUAUAGCAAAUCUUGCUUGCAGACACUGCUGUUUAAAGUUAAUUUCUGGCCUAUAUUGAUAUAUUUAGCCAUUGAUUUAGGUUUAUUAUUCAUUUAUCUAUAAUAUUUGACACAAACAUAUCACAAUAUACUUCUAUUACAGCCUUGGUAAUGAGCUAAUCAAUCUUGUAACCUGAACUCUAUUGGGAGAAAAAGAUUUUCCUCGUCUUUAUGAAUAUCUUUUGGAAAUUAAAUCUUCUUAAUUUAGUUCGAAUCAGCCAAGCAUUUUAUUCUGGCCGUCAAAUGUUUUCAAAAAUGUCCUCUCUUAGUCGUGGUAAUUCAUCAACUAACUUAAAAACUAGUGAUGUGACAAAAAAAGCAGUGAUUGGUGUAUGUCAGAUGAAUUCAACAUCUCUGAAGGUAGAUAAUUUACAAACCAUCUUGGAUCUUGUAGGAACAGCAAGUGCAAGAGGUGCUCAAAUGGUGUUCCUGCCCGAAGCCUGUGAUUACAUUGGUGAAUCAAAAAAUCAGUCGAUUGAGUAUUCAGAGACUCUCGAUGGAAACUUCAUCCAUCAGCUACAAAAAGCUGCCAUUCGAAACAAAGUCUGGCUCUCAGUGGGAGGCUAUCACCAAAAAGGAGCCUACAGUGAAGAGAAACCAAAGCUGCUCAACACCCAUCUAAUCAUUGAUGACGGAGGGAAAAUUGUAGCUAUUUAUGAUAAGACACAUCUUUUUGACUUGGACAUUGCAGGCAAAGUUCGACUAUGUGAGAGUGACUAUGUUAUACCGGGCUCUAAAAUUGUUGCACCUGUUUCUACACCUGUUGGUAGGGUUGGACUGGCAACUUGCUAUGAUGUGAGAUUCCCAGAGCUGUCCCUGGCUUUAGUGCAACAGGGUGCCCAAAUCAUCACUUACCCAUCAGCUUUCACUCAGACAACUGGAAUGGCACACUGGGAGAGCCUUCUGAGGGCGAGAGCCAUUGAAAGCCAGUGUUACGUGGUUGCAGCUGCACAGACAGGCAAGCACAAUUCAAAACGCUCGUCCUAUGGACAUGCUAUGGUCGUUGACCCAUGGGGUGCCAUUGUUGCCCAGUGCAGUGAAGGACCAGGUGUUUGUCUGGCUGAAAUAGACCUGGAUUAUGUGGACAGAGUACGGAGUGAUAUGCCCGUAUGGCAGCACCGUAGAACUGAUUUAUAUGGAAGAGUUGUUGCCCUUGAUACAGAUGGAUCAACCAUUUCCCCUGAUGAUGACCCAACGUACCAGUUUGGCCAUGUUCGUAUCACGUCCACUCAAGUCUUUUAUCGCACGCGACUCAGCAUAGCAUUUGUCAACAUCAAGCCUGUGCUGCCAGGCCAUGCCCUUGUGGCACCAAUUCGUGCUGCUGCUAGAUUAUCUGACCUUAAUCCUGCAGAGGUCACUGACCUUUUCUUGACUGUCCAAAAAAUAGUUGAUGUAUUAAAGAAGCAUUUCAAUGCUCCAUCCUCAACUAUAGCCAUCCAAGAUGGUAUGGAAGCAGGUCAGACUGUUCAGCAUGUUCAUGCUCACAUACUGCCCCGAAAACAUGGAGACUUUAGUGAGAAUGAUGACAUCUAUGACCAUCUACAGAAUCACGAUAAAGGUUGGAAUGAGCAGACCAAAUUAAGAUCAGAAGAAGAAAUGGCAGAGGAGGCCAAACAACUGAGGGUAUAUUUCUAUCCAGCAUCAAAGGUUGCCUAAAACUUGUUUUCAAAUGAGCCUGGUUUAUUUUAUUCAGAUUAGAUACACUCAGUGUGUCUUUGUCUUUAAUUCAUAUGCUUUACUCAGGGAUUAUUUACUGUAUUUCUGACUUAGAAAUUAUUCAUAAUUUUUUGUUUUUGUAACUGAUCCAUUGCAUCAAAGUUGUAUUGACUGCAACAGUUUCUUGUUUGUCACAUAUUGGGCUCUAUUAAAAAACUUGCCAAUACACACCCCGCUGCUUUAUUAAACAGAAUGCAGCAAGUGUCUUCCAAAAAAUGUUCACUAAAUCUUGACAAAAAUCUAGGAACUUAAGCCAAUUAAUGAGAGGUGAUAUUGGCCUUUGUGCACAACAGCUGACUACGGUCUUUAACUUACACAAAAAUAUAUCAACUGUAAUGCUACUCCAGAAUACAGAAUUAAAAGACUUAAUAUUAUUUUUUAAAGAAAUUCAAGUGUGUACUCAUUUGGUGUUGCAUGAUAGAAUACACUUAGU